GGGAUUUAAAAAACGGUUAGUGCAUGUUAGCUAUUUGUACUAGACACACGACUCGUUUGUAUACUGAUUGCCAAAUGAAAGAUUCAGGGCCUUGAUUAACGUCGUUACACACUGAACGUUCCUAAAACACUCCUCACGUGUCAUCAGAACUACUUCCUGUUUUGCCGUCAUCACAGAACACGUAUAGUUCUAGAACCCGGUUCGAGGGGAUUCCGUGAUGCGAGGUAGCAUAAUCCAGGCUUAUUUGAAAUAGUUAAGCUUGAACUAACCAUCCAUGAUUGCGGAAACAGCUAAAUGUACACUAAAUUGAAGUCACAUGACACAGAGAAGACGACAAGCCCUUUUGCAAUCUCGAGCAACUCUUUAAAAGGAAAGAAAGAAAAGCCAACACGUCUCAGGGAGACGCCUCCCAUUUUCAUCUGCACGCUCACCAUGUCCAGGAAAGUCGUCAGGACCAGUAAAUUCCGCCACGUCUUCGGCCAGGCCUUGAAGGCGGACCAGUGCUACGAUGACAUCAGGAUCUCUCAGAUGACGUGGGACAGCAACUUCUGUACCGUCAACCCCAAGUUCGUGGCCAUGAUCGUGGACGCCAGCGGAGGAGGAGCCUUCAUCGUCCUGCCGCUCAGCAAGACGGGACGUAUCGAUAUGUCUCAGCCCACCGUCUGCGGACACACCGGACCCGUGCUGGACAUCGAAUGGUGUCCACAUAAUGACAACAUCAUCGCCAGUGGCUCUGAGGACUGCAGCGUAAUGAUCUGGGAGAUUCCUGACGGGGGUCUGACGGUUCCUCUGAAGGAGCCAGUGGUGAAGUUGGAUGGUCACUCGAAGCGUGUGGGGAUCCUUAGCUGGCACCCGACUGCACGCAAUGUCCUCAUGACUGCAGGUUGCGAUAACGUCGUGAUCCUGUGGAACGUGGCUCGCGGUGAAUCCGUGGUGCGAAUCGAGUCCGUACACACCGACAUGAUCUACAGCGCCUGCUGGAACAGAGACGGCUCGCGCAUCCUUACUUCCUGCAAGGACAAGAAACUGCGUGUCUUCGAUCCACGCAAAGGCACCGUCCUCAUGGAGAAGGACAAGCCUCACGAGGGCUCCAGGCCGGUGCGGGCCAUCUUCGUGUCUGACGGGCAAAUCCUAACCACCGGUUUCAGCCGCAUGAGUGAGAGACAGGUGGCGCUGUGGGACCCGAACAAGUUCAGCGAGCCGCUCACUCUGCAGGAACUCGACACCAGCAGUGGAGUUCUGCUGCCGUUCUUUGAUCCGGACACGGGCAUCGUUUACCUGUGUGGAAAGGGUGACAGCAGUAUUCGGUACUUUGAGGUGACAGACGAGGCUCCGUAUGUGCACUAUCUGUCCAUGUACAGCAGCAAAGAGAGUCAGAAGGGAAUGGGCUACAUGCCCAAGAGAGGACUGGAGGUCAACAAGUGUGAGAUUGCCAGAUUCUACAAACUGCAUGAGAGAAAGUGUGAGCCCAUUGUCAUGACUGUACCACGCAAGUCCGACCUGUUUCAGGAGGACCUGUACCCUGACACGAUUGGUCCGGAGCCGUCGGUCGAGGCUGAUGAUUGGUUCUCGGGUGAAGAAGGGAAACCAAUCCUGAUCUCUCUGAAGGACGACUUCGUCGCCACCACCAAGACCAAAGAGUUUAAAGUCAUCAAGAGCCUCUUGUCCCCUACGUCAGCCUCCGUGGGACAGGGACACAUCAAUGGAGGGGAUCUUCAGUCUCUGCAGAAAGAGGUGAAGGAGUUGAGGGAGAUGGUCGAGCAGUUGACGAAGCGAGUGAGCCAGUUGGAGAGUUGAAGAAGAGAAAACUAAUAUAAAAGCUAGAACAGAGAGAGAGACAGAGAGAGAGAGAGAGAGAGAGAGGUAAAAGAGUGUAGAAGGAAGAGUGAGAACUUAAAGCUUUUAUAUAAACAUUAUUUUUCCUUUUUUUCCGAAACCUCAUUUUAAUAAUAUGUGUUAGAACAUUUAAAAUAAAUGCCAUCGAUAUUUUAAAUAAAAUUGUUCCUUGUGUCUCAAAA